GGUGGAAGCAGGUGCGCACGGAGCGACGGACGGCACCGGAGCAGUUACUGCGCAUGCUGAUCCUGUGUGGUACAUCCUCGUCAACGAGAAGCAAAAAUAGAAUUAGGUAUGCAAUAACAAAAGAAGAGAAGAAAUAAUCAGAGUGGAGAGAGAGAAUCAGUAUUGCGAGCCGCGACGAUGGCCGGGGGUCGGAGGGGGCUUGUGGCUCCUCAAAACACUUUUCUGGAGAAUAUUGUGAGGAGAUCGAACGAUACAAACUUUGUGCUGGGAAAUGCUCAGAUUGUGGACUGGCCUAUUGUCUACAGUAAUGAUGGAUUCUGUAAAUUGUCUGGAUACCACCGUGCUGAAGUCAUGCAAAAGAGCAGCACCUGCAGUUUUAUGUACGGUGAGCUCACAGACAGGGAAACAAUGGAAAAGGUGCGACUUACAUUUGAGAACUACGAGAUGGCCUCAUUUGAAGUCCUAAUGUACAAAAAAAAUAGAACACCAGUGUGGUUCUUUGUGAAAAUUGCUCCCAUACGGAAUGAACAGGAGGAAGUGGUACUUUUCCUUUGCACAUUUAGUGACAUCACAGCUUUUAAACAGCCAAUUGAAGACGACUCAAAUAAAGGUUGGGGAAAGUUUGCACGCCUUACCAGAGCCCUGACCAGCAGUCGAGGUGUUCUGCAGCAGCUUCAGCCUACUGUCCACAAAGGAGAAAAUGUUCAUAAACACUCUCAUCUGACCGAGGUGCUGCAGCUUGGCUCUGACAUCUUGCCUCAGUAUAAACAGGAGACACCGAAGACGCCACCACACAUUAUCCUACACUACUGCACCUUUAAGACCACAUGGGACUGGGUGAUCCUUAUCCUCACCUUCUACACAGCCAUCAUGGUUCCCUACAAUGUCUCCUUCAAGACUAAGCAGAACAAUGUAGCAUGGCUGGUGAUUGAUAGCGUAGUGGAUGUCAUCUUCCUGGUAGACAUCGUCCUCAACUUCCACACCACAUUUGUUGGACCUGCUGGUGAGGUCAUUUCUGACCCCAAGCUUAUUCGCAUGAAUUACCUGAAGACGUGGUUUGUCAUUGAUCUGCUGUCCUGCCUCCCCUAUGAUGUCAUCAAUGCCUUUGAGAAUGUUGAUGAGGGCAUCAGCAGUUUGUUCAGUUCUCUAAAGGUGGUGCGUCUGCUGCGUCUGGGUCGAGUGGCACGUAAACUGGAUCAUUAUAUCGAAUACGGCGCCGCGGUACUCAUGCUGCUAGUGUGUGUGUUUGGUCUCGCUGCACACUGGCUCGCAUGUAUUUGGUACAGUAUUGGGGACUAUGAAGUAAUUGAUGAGGAGACAAACGUGGCACGGAAGGACAGUUGGCUGUACAUGCUGGGAGAAACAGCAGGGACACCAUACCGCUUUAAUGCCACAGGCACGGGCAGGUGGGAGGGUGGCCCCAGCAAGGACUCAGUUUACAUCACCUCUCUGUACUUCACCAUGACCAGCCUGACCAGCAUCGGCUUUGGCAACAUCGCACCCACCACUGAUGGAGAGAAGAUCUUUGCUGUGGCUAUGAUGAUGAUUGGAUCGCUCCUCUAUGCCACCAUCUUUGGUAAUGUGACCACGAUCUUCCAGCAGAUGUACGCAAACACAAACCGCUAUCACGAGAUGCUGAACAGUGUGAGGGAUUUCCUCAAACUCUACCAGGUUCCUAAAGGCCUGAGUGAAAGAGUAAUGGACUACAUUGCCUCCACCUGGUCCAUGUCCAGGGGCAUCGACAAAGACAAGGUGCUGCAGAUCUGCCCUAAAGAUAUGCGAGCUGAUAUCUGUGUGCACCUGAACAGGAAGGUGUUUAAGGAACAUCCUGCAUUCCGUUUGGCCAGUGACGGUUGUCUCCGUGCGCUCGCCAUGGAGUUUCAGACCAUCCACUGCGCUCCAGGAGACCUGUUCUACCACGCUGGGGAGAGCAUCGACACACUGUGUUUCGUCGUCUCGGGGUCACUCGAGGUCAUCCAGGACGAUGAGGUCGUCGCCAUACUGGGAAAAGGUGACGUCUUUGGAGACGCGUUCUGGAAGGAAGUGACUUUAGCACAGUCGUCUGCUAAUGUGCGAGCUCUGACCUACUGCGACCUGCACGUCAUAAAACAUGACGCUCUGCAGAAAGUUCUGGAGUUUUACACCCCGUUCUCCAACCACUUCUCACGCAACCUACUGCUGACCUACAACCUCCGCAAACGGAUUGUGUUUAGGAAGAUCAGUGAUGUGAAGCGUGAGGAAGAGGAGCGACUGAAGAGGAAGAACGAGGCACCACUUGACCUUCCUCCUGAUCAUCCAGUACGUCGUUUGUUUCAACGCUUUAGGCAGCAAAAAGAGGCACGAAUGGCUGCAGAAUGGAUAGACAGUGAUGAACUAACUGUCAAAGAGUGUCACACCCACAAGGACAUCACCAGUAUUGUAACCGUCACUGAGAGUCCAGCCACCCCAAUUCCCUCAAAUACAAGACCUGGUCAUGUGAGGAAUCGCUCAGGCCAAGAAAAGCUACAAGCUCAUAAUGCACUUGGAAUUUUCCGGACAUCAGAGAACCAUGGCCCUCGGAGUUGGGCUCGCUUCAGGGAGCUCAGGGGCCAACCGGUGAGCUGGACCAAUGUAGCUAAAUCUGAAUCGAUGGAAACUCUUCCGGAGCGCGGUUGUAAAUUGUCUGAGCCCGGAAAUCUGAAAAAGACUGACUCAUGUGACAGUGGCUUUACCAAGAGUGACCUGAGACUGGAUAAAGGGGGCGGAGCUAGAACACCUACAGACCACAGUCCAGUGAGUCAGCUGGACAAAAUGUCUCUGCCCACAGUCAUGCCAAUCCCUGAAUAUACCCUCCAAAGCACACUGCUUGAUUUGCGUUCUGAGCUUAGGGCCGAGUUGCUGUCGCUUGGGAAUCACAUUAACACACUCGAGUCGCAGUUAGCUGAAGUGUUGCAGCUGCUCCGAGCCAGAAAAGCUUCAACAACACACACUCCAUUAUUCCACAUCUCACAUACCACAUCACUUGACUCUGACAAAGAAGACAUCUUUUGCUGAGUGUUUGUGAGGAGAAGGCUAAGUUUACUUUCUAAAAGAAUCGAAAGUCCCCAUGGUAAAAGAAAAAAAUAGAAAUUUUUAACAUAAAAAAGAUGUCAAAAAAAAAAAAACUUUUAACUGAAUAAAUGCAGCUUAUUUUUAAGCCAAAACUUAAUUUUUAAUAAAUGAAUUAGGUCUUUGUAUGUGCAGUUUAGUAAAAAUAUCUUGAUUCAUAUGAACCAAAACCACUUUCUGAGUGAAGUCACAGACUCAAUUAAAUUCAAGUUUAUUUGUAUUGCACUUUUAACAAUGAACAUUGUCUUAAAGCAGCUUUAGUUUGUCCCUGAUAUAAGUUUGUCCCUGAUGAACAAGCCGGUGG